GUAGUAUUUGUUGUAUCAUUUUCAGACGAAUAUUCUCAGUAUAUAUCCCAUACAAAGUGAAGUAAAUCACACUUUGGAUGGCACAAUUUGUAUAUAAUUGAUCAAAUAAUUAUACGAAAGAAGAAAGGUUACAGUAAUACCUUUCUAGGACAAAAAUUUGACUAGCGUAGAUUUUAGUUUCGAACGCACACGUAAUCACAAGAAUCGACAACAUGGCUUCCGAGUGAACUCUUCCUGUUGAAAAUCGCACGGGUUAGUCGUUUUGAAGCCGGUUUAUUCUACAUGCGAAUAUACAUCAUCCCUGUGAUGUCGAUAUUCAUUGGGUGUUGAAAUUGAGGCGAAGGAAUUACUUCUAUAUUUCCUAGAAUGAGUCAGUCUGCACCGUGGCAAACACAGGAUCUUCCUAAUGCCCAGGGCGCUGGUGUUCAGUUUUACGAUCCCACCAAGUUCCAAGCAACUGCUACAAAUAAUGUGGACCAAGCAGCUAAUGGGCAGAAUAAUCAGGCAGGGGCAAGUAACUCUUGGAAUAGUUGGGGUAACAGCUGGGCAGACAACUCUGUAAGUACAAAUCAAGGCUAUUCAGAGCCAGGUGUGAAUGCUCAAGGUCAAGGUGUGGUAAAACAGUCUAGCGAGGGAGAACAUGUUCAGAGUCAGGUGAUCGGACAACAGCCUGGGAAUGACAGUCAGUACUACAAUCAGUGGCAUCAGUCGGGGUGGGACCCCAAGAACCCUCAACAGAACUGGGACCCGAACACCCAACAGAACUGGGACCCGAACACCCAACAGAACUGGGACCCGAACACCCAACAGCAUUGGGACCCUAAUUCCCAGAAAAACUGGAACCCAAACACUCAGCAGAACUGGCAGCAAAGUCAAGGGAAUAUGGUUUGGGAUGGACAGCAAUGGGUGAACUCUCCACAGACCUGGCCAACCAGCCAGCAGGUGCCUGCUGCUCACACAGGAAAUAUUGCUUCUCCUGUUGUGUCGAGUGCACAGGAGCACCAGCCUAGUCUCUCCAACAGCAACACAUCAGGGCAGUUUUAUGAGCAGACAUCACCCGAGACUUCUGGAAAUUUCUCUCAUAGUAGUGCAUCUUUCUUCUCCCAAUCUGUAGGGUUAAAUGACUCCACAUCCUCAAGUCUAGACCAGUCAAGUUCCAGUCACCAUCUAGAUCCAUCCGGCUCCAGCCAGUCGGACUCAUCUGCUCUUGUUGCUGAUGACUCCAUAAACACAGACGGUGGCACUGUGUCAGGAUUCUUCGGAAAAGAUGAUGGGGAUAGUGCGUUUGAUGGAACUGCUGUGGCUGGAGAACCCAAACUGACAAGUGUUCCACAAUACCUGAAUGUGAACCCUGAAUUCCACAGAACUGACUCGGCCAUUAGUAAUGCAAGUAUGCAGACAGUGAAUUAUUCAAGUCAUGGGUCUAUAGGAUCGAUGGAAGAUAUAGACAAUAAGGAUUUAGUGCAAAAUGUUACAAACCAGUUCCAGAAUGUGUCUUUGGGCACAACUGGUUCCGGAAUGGUAGGGGCGGGUCAACCAGGGUUCCCACCAGUGAGUGCAGGUAACAUGAACCAGAAUGCUGGUGGGAACUUGCCGCCGUCUGCUUCUCAACCCGGAGUGGAAGAUGAGCAGACGGGAAACUUGACUGAUUGGGAGAUUGUCCCUAACCAGCCUGGACAAGUAGGGGGAACUGGAGCCAACUUCUUUAUAGGAGGGGGUGAGGAAUUUGUCAGUGAAUCUGUCCCAAAUCUUGGCCAGAAUCUUGGGAUGAACCAACCAGAGGUGAACACAUCUGGAGUUUCCAUCACUGGACCACCAAUGUCAUCAUCGGGGCAACAGGAGGCUCCACUUUACCCCCCACCUGCUGGGUCACCAGCGGGAGGUAACCCCUUCAGGAAAAGUCCCCGCAAUGUUCAGAGGAAUGCAUCUAACCAGUCUUUGCCGUCACUACAAGGAGAUGUAGCUGUAGCUGGCCAACCCGUUGUGUUUAGUCCUGAUAACCAUGGUAACUUUACUGUGCAGCAAAGCGUUGCUGAUAACAUGUCUUCCUUUCCCGGAGAUAUACCCCGUCCUGUGUCUAGCAGUGAAAUGAACAUGGACCCGAGGCCGAUACCUGUUAGUGCAGCAAAUAUGGAUGCCAGACCAAUAACUGGCAGUGUAGCCAACAUGGACGUUAGUGCUUUCAAACCACCUGUGCCAACCUAUGAGACUCACACCAACCUAGGAAGUGUUCCCGAGGGAACCAGCUCAAACACCGAUGCUAAACAGACUGAGGUAAUUUCAACAAUUGACACAAUUGUUGAUUCCGGAAAUAAGCCACCAGCUCAUCCAGGACGCUCAGCUCCUUCGUCGCCACGGAAACACACAUCUGCCUUCCACCCAGUGAGCCACAGGGCUAAACACAGCAUGUCCCCGGCCACAACGCUGUGGGACAACAUUGACGCCCCUGCCACCAACAUCAUCCUGGCACCUGCAGCUCCUAUGCUGGUUGGGUCAGCAGCAGCGACAACGUCAGGAUCCCCGGGCAAGGGUCCGGGACUGCCUGUGAUUCCUGUGCAGGCGAGCCUGGAGAACAAGCUGAAGGACAACAAGGGCAAGGGAGAUAAUCAGGGUAAUGACAGGAAGGAAGAGCAUCAGAUCGCCCCCGACAGAGAUCGGAGAUCCGACCGCGAUGUGCGAGGUGGGAGUGACAGGUAUGGGAGAAACGAAAGAAGCAGGGAUGAUGAAGUGAGGAGGAGCCGGGAAGAUGAAGUAAGAAGGAGUCGAGAAGAUGAAGUGAGAAGGAGUCGAGAAGAUGAAGUGAGGAGGAGUCGAGAAGAUGAAGUGAGGAGCCGUGAAGAUGAAGUGAGGAAGAAAGAAGAAGAUAACCGGUCAAUAAACUCCCUUGAGGAACUUGACGCUCAAAUUGAUUACCGGGACCGGGAUGAAUAUCGAGAUCGUAGGUAUAAGGAUCGCUAUGGUAACCGAGAUCGAGAUCCCAGGUAUGAUAGGCCUGCCAGCCGAGGUGACAGUUAUAAUGACGAAAGUCGGAGACGUGAAGUCUACAAAAGUCGUGAUUACAGAGAACCUUACCGUCGUGAUGGUUAUUAUGGUGACGAGAGAUACGAGCGACCCCGUUCCAGACAAGAGGAAGAACGGCCUGGGUCAAGGUCAGGAGUUCGCGAUGUACAAGAGAGGUCACGGUCACGAACGGAUUACGAUAAGGAUGCUUACUACAAGGACAAAUAUGGCAGAGGCUACGACUAUGACUAUUACAACACGAGAUCUUCGCGAUACUAUGACGACCGGUAUUACCAGUACUACCAGCGAGAUGCUCGGUACUCCCAGGGUUACUAUGAUGAGUACUACGGCCAUGGAUAUAACCCGAGAUAUAGCGAGUAUUACAGCAGUCAGUAUGGGGGAGGCGCGGAGGUAGACCGUUACAGUCAGCACAGUCAGUCCCGGGGACACACCCCUGCCCUGGACGAUGUGUCACAGAGUGGGGAGUACUACCAGGGCAAUGGGUCAAGGUCAUCCAGUCGUCAAGGUCAGGAUGACCAGAAGGCAUAUGCACGACACAGCUAUGAUUACGACUAUGGAUAUGACAACUAUGGCUAUGGAUAUGACUAUGACCCCAACUAUGGCUAUUACUAUGGCGAUGCAUAUCAACAAGAAACCCCUGGACGUAUGACACCACAGAAGCACACGAUACCGCAUGUCCGAGCUAGUUUUGGGGCCAAUGGUCAGCUGAUCAAGGUCCUGCCGAAUCGUCCUGGCGAUGGUCAGCCAGCCACAGUUGAGGUUCACAACCUGGAGGAGGCUUUGUCGGACAACAGGGCGGCAGAGGACCUGAGGGAGUUCCCUGGACCGCUCACAAGAGCCGACACACACAAGAAUGAUGUUCUGCAGUUCUGUCAGCGGAAAGCCCAGAGCUGUGCAGAGAACAUCAACAUGGUUGAUCGUGACUCAGCAGAACUCAUCUGGAGACUCCUGGAACUCCUCAUCAAACAGAACGGGUCAGUGGUGGGCACGGACAUCGCAGACCUGCUGCUGGAGGGGCACGAGCCGACGUCCUCGGAGUACAGCAUGAUGGGGAUGAAGAUCACACAGAGCACCGAGGAGCUCGACAAAGUGGGAGAAGACGAGACUGCAGGGGUGAAAGUGACAUCAGACAGAUCCCAGAUCAAUCGUGGACGCUCACUGGAAGAGAUCACCGACAGAUUCCGAAGUCUAUUGUCGUAUGGCAGGAAAAAAGAUGCCCUGGAGUGGGCCACCAAGAACAACCUGUGGGGCCACGCCUUGUUCCUGGCCAGCAAGAUGGACACCAGGACCCACGCCAGUGUGAUGAUCAGGUUCGCUAACAGUGCUAUGAAGAUAAAUGACCCACUGCAGACCCUCUACCAACUCAUGUCCGGCAGACAACCUGCUGCUGUCACUUGUGUGGUGGAUGAGCGGUGGGGAGACUGGCGACCACAUCUGGCUAUGAUUCUGUCCAACAGCUCCAGCAAGCCGGAACUGGACAGGAAGAGCAUUGCUACACUUGGAGACACCAUGGCUGCAAAAGGUUGUCUUCACGCCAGCCACUUCUGUUACAUCAUGGCACAGUCAGGAUUUGGGACGUACGCAAAGAAAACUUCAAAAAUAGUACUUGUCGGAUCUAGCCACAACUGGACAUGGGAGGAAUUUGCUACUAAUGAGGCCAUCCAGUGUACUGAGAUCUACGAGUAUGCUCAGUCACUAGGCAACCAGACCUUCCUACUUCCUGAUUUCCAGGUGUACAAGUUCCUGUAUGCCAGCCGACUGGCAGAGUUUGGCUUGCUGCAGGAGGCCCUGCAUUACUGUGAGGUGAUUGCCACCACGGUGCAGUCUGCCCCAGCGUACUUCCAGCCAGCAUUUGUCAAGGUGCUGUAUGAGUUUUCCAAUCGCCUGAAGUUCUAUGACCCUCAGCGUGUUCACUCUGGAGAGGACGAGGACCAAGCCUGGUUGCAGCAACUGCAGAGAGUCUGCCUCGGAUACGAUGACGGCUCUAUCCAGCCUGUGUCAGGGAACGCUACCCCGGCCAUGUUUGGGGGGACAACAGCGAGUAGUGAGAGCGGGGAUGUGUACGGCGGCACGGCAGGGGGAGAGUACACAGCUCCCCAGUACAACCAGGAUCCAGCCUACCAGCAGUACGGGCAGGACCAGGCCUAUCAGCAGUAUGGGCAAAAUCAGCAACAACUAGAGUACCAGCAGGCCCAGCAGCAAGCAGGGGGGCAGCACACACAGCCAUACACAGCAGAAACACACGAUGAGCAGACGGCGGAACAGAUGCAGCAGAUGACAGAACAACAGAACCAAUCUGCAGCCCAGUGGCAGAACCAGUAUGGUUACAACUACGGAUAUCAGACUGGGGAACAGCAGACUGGAGCCAAUUCAGCCAAUCAGAACACUGGUUACAAUGCUGUUCAGCAGACUGCCACAGAGACAGCCAAUCAGAACACUGGUUACAAUACAGUACAGCAGACAGAUGGCCAGACCAGCCAGAUGUAUGGGGGCCAGGUUUACAACCAGCAAUAUAACCAGGGUUUCGGCCAGGACUACACUGGGUCUGACCGCCUGGCGUCGCAGCGUGGUAGUGUAGUCUCCGCACACAGCGUUGAUACAGAGGGGGAUCACACUGACGGGGGACAAGACAUGCCUGCUGCGCCCUCUUCAUCCUUUGACUACUUCGGUGCAGCCACGCAGACAAAGAUUGUGGCUCCCCCGUCACGGUUCCGCACGACGUCAACGAGUAGUUCCACGGGUGGAGGCCGGCAGCGCACAGUGUCUGAGAGCAGCACUGGUAGUGUGAAGGCUGCGUCAUCGUCCAUGAAGAAGUCGGCGACUGACAGCAAUGUCAAGAAAAACACUGCACUGCUCGGGAAGAAGGAACAACCCAAGAAGAGCAGCGGAGGAUGGUUUGGUGGUUGGUUCAAUAAACCCAAAAAUAAAGAUAUGCACUUGCCAAAGGAUGACAAGCCGGCGAUUGUUUGGGAUGCGACCAACAAGAAGUGGAUUAACACAGAUGGCGAAGAAGAAGAUGAGAAGCCAGCUCUCCCACCCCCCAAAGACACAGAGUUGAUGGGUAACUCUACUGGCCCACCAUCUGCCGCUCCUGCUGCGUCCCUCACUGCAGCAGGGCCGACAUCGGCUGGUGCCCCACCCUCCGGCAACCGCUUCUCUCGCAACAAAGGACGAGGUGACCUAGGUGCCCGGAACCAGUACGUGGAUGUCCUGAGCAACAAGACGACGCCAGCAGCGACUGUACCAAGCACCCUCUUCAAUGUGAUGCCGACGGCUGCGCCGACCACUAACACAUCAGCGCAGAUCUUCAACCCCACAGGCAGUGUCUCAACUGAAUCUAGUCAACCAGCAGCACCAUCUGGUGGUGAGAGUGGCCAGAGCAAUCUUCUGGAGCCUCCAUCAGGGGAGCCCCAGCAGCAUCACUACAACUACAACAACAAUGGUCACAGCGUCACCGACAGCCAAUUGUCGCGAUCAAGUUCAAUGAGUUCUCUCUCGCGGGAAGUCCAGCAGUUUACGACCCAGCCGGACUCUGCCGCGGGCGCCACCACCAACCCGAUCCUGUUCAACCCUGCCCAGUUUCAGGGUGCCCAACCCCAGGUUCAACAGCCCGCUGCUGCCACCAACCGACCUCGGUACGGACAGCGGAGACAGUACCCCAAGAAGACAUAGAACUCCAAUAUGGACACACUUAAACACCCCCAAACCAUUAAACUUUGUUAAAACAUCGGUGCCGAAAACACUUAAACAAUACCCAAAGACUGUACCUUUGAAUGUAAAGGUAUGGAGUGAGUGAUUCAGCCAGUUUGCAGAGAUCAGUGGGAUAUGAGUUGUAUAUUCCUGCAAAAUGGACUCCAGACUGCCUGGUUUCAAUCAAUAGCUAGAUUACAACACCAUCCUGUUCCUCUAUGUGUCAUACAAAUAACCAUAGCUGUAUUAGUUCACUCUCGCCAAAAAAUGGACAGAAGGGAGAUGUGGAUGUUCCUGACCACUUCCUGUAUCAGGUCACUUCCUGUAUCAGGUCACUUCCUGUUUCAGAUCAGCUCCUGUUGCAGGUCACUUCCUGUUUCAGAUCAACUCCUAUUGCAGGUCAAUUCCUGUAACAGGACACUUCCUGUGUUAGGUCAAUUCCUGUUGCAGGUCACUCCUAGUUUCAUGUCACUUCCUGGUGAAGGUAUCUUAUUGUUCCCCUUCAUAUUCUAUCUCCAUGUGCCCUGCCCACCUCAUGUUCUCACCAUGUGACCCAGACUACAGCAAAUAUAAUGACACUGAGGGUAAGUCUCAUACAUGUUAUACUUCAUCCAAAAAGAACUGAUCUCGGACUCGUAUUAAUUAGUCCCAUCGUGAUAACUGACACCUUCGGACCUGUAUCUAGUCGACUGCUGCAGAUUCCAAGGACGUCGUUGUUGCAGAAGAAUCCACGACAGCUGUCUCAGCAAACAACCACAUGUUCCAGAAUCUCCUGAUAGGCAGCGUCACAUACAGUGUGUGAAAUAGUUUCCUAUGAGCCAAAUGGAAAGCUUGUCCAAAUUGUUGCCAUCUCAUCAGAGCAGCCACAAACCCUUAACCAUCAACUACUGACUUCACUUAUUCAUACUGCAGGGUGCCCAGACGCCACCCGCUUAUUUGAAGCAUACUUAACAUUUAUACAUUAGACAAAAUGCUUAGUCAAGACAUGCCCCCUGCUUUCCCAAAAGCUUUGUAGGUGUGAGGUGAAGGCUUAUGCUGCUGGCAACAGGCAGAGGAAGAAGCUAGCUGGUCUUCAGGAAGCUAUUCACACACUGGUUACAUGAUGUCUGUGUAACAGGGCAAUCAUCUGUGAGAUCACAGUGCUAACUUUCUUGUGUGUAAGGGGGGCACCACAUCAUAGCAUUACCCAUGUGCUAUGUAUAUUUUAAAAGUUACCAGCCCUUCUGUUGCAGUUGAAUCUUGAAAAUGUUCUGCAGACAUGUUUGUGCCCUUGUUGUCAUGGUGAUCUCUGCUGAUAUUGUCUGGGGAUAUGUAGAGAACUAGUUUCACUGUGGAGGAAUGACUCUGAGGAUACUCUGUGUGAAAGUAUGAAAGUGAUAUGACCCUCUGUGUUGUCUUGAGUGUAGCUGUGGGCCACUUGUUCACCCCAUGAUGACUAAAUAUAGGAAUUUUCACCAAAUUAACAGAAACAUUUCAGGGGCAUUAAUGUUGAAAAUUGUUCUGCCAUUGUUUUUGUUUGGUUUUAGAAUCUGUAUUUAUCUUGUGGGGAAAUGCUUUUUGGGUCUUUGUGCUGUGUAAUUACUGUUUCAAGAAAGCAAAGAAUAGUAUUUAUUUGUCUUUAGAAGGUGAUGUAUCUGAUGGAAAACAGGAAUUAGUGUGACCAAGAUUUAGAUUUGAAAUGGAUCGUGAAGAUGAGUCAUUUUUGCUUCAAUAUUCAGCUAUGACAGCUGCAAUUCUUGAUAACAUUUGGAAGCAAGGUUAAGAAGCAAAGACGUUUACAUUUUCGUAGACAUUAACUUCUUACAUAGUGUGUGCUGACUGUAUUCAGAUAAGUAAAAGGGUCUAAUUAGAUGUCGAUGUGCCUUCGGGAUAAGUCAGACCGAGUUGAAUGUAUUUUGAGAAUUUCUAUUCCAGUUUGGCUGCAUUUAAACUAGAGAUCUACAUGUUUUGCAUGGUAACCAGUGGACAAUCGUAUGAAUUUAUUAAUGUCUGUGCAUUAGAUGAUUCACUGAAUUAUUGUUUAAAGGGAAUACUAAGGACACCUAUUUUGUAUUGAUUUAUAACUGUGUGUCCUUGCUCGCGGCUUGACUGGAGCUAUGUGGAAGACGAGGAUGACUGGAGAAUGAUGAGUUUGAUGUUUUUGUGCCAUUGGAUAGUAGUUAGACCUCACCUUUCUAUGUGUACAUACCUCACGACAGUGUUGGUGAAAGGUGUUAAAUAUCCCUGUAGUGAUAUAUUAUGUAUGAUUGUACAUGGUAUGUUAUGUAUAUCGUGUGAUUGUAAAUGGUUAAGUGUGUAUAUUGAAACAAUUGUACAGUGUUGUGAGAAGUAUUCAGAUCCUAUUUUCAUGUAUUUAAAACGCGACACGUGAUGAGAAUGCUUAGUAUGUGUUUCAAUCCUGACUCUGAUGUGGCGUCAAAAGCCAGAACAAUACACAGGAAGAUGCAUUCAAAUACUUGUUAUAUGUUUUUUGAAAGAAUAAAUGCAUUAAAGAC